UGGCAGCCUCAAGAGGUUUCUGCCGCGCACGGAGAAGGCUGUGCGGAAUAAAGUCAAAACUCCAGUCGUUUUGUGUGCCUACAGCGAAGAAACUUGCUCUGAGAAGUUCACACUACAGACCUGCAUUGACUAAUAAUCGCCUGGAUCGAAGGAAUGUUUACGUUUUUGCAAUAUUUUUCCACCGAUGAUUAUAUAAAUGUAGGGACGAAGAAAAGGGAGCUUUAAGUGCAGCACGUUAAGCAACAGAGGAAUUAGUAUUUUGUAGGGCUAAUAACGUUAGUGUGGCGUCCAGUGUAAAGCACAGGCGUUUUGCUUGUGCUGUUGUUACGGAUACCCUGGGAGGAAUUGUUACAACUUCGACCCAGAGUGUUUUUGAGGAAGAGUGUGCUCGGUCCUCCGCGCCCUUGGCUAGCUGCUGCUGAAGUUCCCCGGCGGUAAGGUGCAGCCACGCCGGGGGAAGGCACAGCGCGACGGCCGCUACUGUCCGGCUAGCUCGCCUGCUGCUUCUGCUUCUUGGAUCGGGGCCUUGUUGGUGAGGCGACAAUGCUUGACAUAAUGUCUGAGCACCAAGAUUCACUGUUGUCGUGCAAAACGGAAACUUUGCCCCCCGAGAGGAAAAAGAGGACUGUUGAGGACUUCAAUAAGUUUUGCAGCUUUGUCCUGGCGUAUGCUGGUUACAUCCCCAGUCCAAAAGAGGAAAGUUCCUGGUCUCCAACAUCUUCCAGCUCUGCUCACAGUUCGGGGUUAUCAGCAGAUGGAGGUGGUGGAGGAAGCAGCUCCACCGGCAACACAUGGGCAGAUGGAAGCUCAGACAUCCACACCAUCCACACAUUUGUUCGCAAAGCUCGAGCAAACAAGGGAAAAAGUAUUCGCCGCAUGCACUCUGACAGCACUCUGCUGGACAAGAUGCGCCUUAAAGACUCUCUGUACGAGAGCCAGGCCAGUUCUAAGGCCGAUCGCAAGAAGGACAAAAAGCUGAAAAAGCUCUCGCUUGGUUCUGCCAUGCCGGGGGCUGAUAGCGGCAGCAGUGAAGGCGAGAAAAGGGCACGCAUUAAACGCAGCAAAAACUCUAAACAGCCGAAGCCUAAGAAGCUCAAAACUUCCGCGACUCAAAGCGAGACAGACUCUGAGGCACGGCACACGCAUACGGAGGUACGACCAGCCACUGACGAGCUGACGGAGCACGUGGGCUCCACCCUCAGCAUGCAGGGCCUGGGGAAGCUGCAGCAGGAGGAGGCCCUCCAGGAAGCAGAGAUGAGCUCCAGUGAGGGGGAGACCUGGAUCGCUGACGAAGACAUUAUGGUGGAGUCAGGCGAUGAUUCGUGGGACUUGAUCACCUGUUACUGUGGGAAGCCAUUCGCAGGACGGCCGAUGAUCGAGUGCAACCAGUGCGGCAUUUGGGUGCAUCUGUCGUGUGCGAAGAUCAAGAAGUCCAACGUUCCGGACAUCUUUUACUGCCACAAGUGCAGGGACGUGCGGCGGUCUGGAAACAAAAAGGACCCGUAGGCAUGGAGAGGACGGGAGGGACGAGGAGCUACCCCACCCCUGUUUUUGCUUUCCUCUUGACUCGUGUUUUCUUCGAUGCCUACAGCCAAAACAGCCUAAAUCAUAACCUGGAUGGCAACUGUAUUGUCAGUUUGUAGGAUUUAUCUUGACAAUCACAACCAUUCUUAUUUAUCCUUCACGGUUUCUGUUUUUUUUUUUUUCUUACGUUUUUUUUUUGUGGCUAAUGUGAAGAACUGGACGGAAGA